AAGCUAUCAGUCGUUCCAACAAGAUGUUUUCGCAUAUCCUCAUAGUGACGUUGAUUCUGGCCACAGCACAGGCUCAACUACCCCCAAAAGUCAUCAAAAUGAAGGAAUCACUCUCGAAAGAGCUUCAAUCUAUACCGGAAGUAGUUUCGAAGCAUCGUUCAAAUCACGCAACUCAGCUCGAAACGAACGCACGGGUUCACCAGCUGUUCAAUGAGUUCAUCGAGCAGAACCAGCAUGGUUUGGACGCCGUACUGCGCGUUCUUCAGCUGAUUGACCACGACCUGGAGAACGUCAUCCAGGACUGCGUUCGAAUCUUCGACAUUGAGUCGCUGCAGUCGAGCAAUCGAAUCUUUGUUAACGUUACGAAACCGCUGCUGGAUCAGGUUGAACGGCUGUGCCAGAUUGUAACGGAGAAUCGAAUUGAGGAGCUUGAAGCGAGUUUGGAGCAGGUUGAACGUACUGCCGGUUGGUAUCGGGAGCAGUUGGAUCAAACGCUGAAGGACAUUGCCGUCAUUUUGAGCAAGCUUGAAGACAGAUCGUUCUCUACGAGGAUUCAAUCGAAGGAAGUUCAGAUGUUGGAUCACCUGAGCAGUUUGAACUUCUCUCUACUUGAACCGAUUGAGCAGAACUUUACAAACUACUUUUCCAAGUGGAUUAGUGGUUACCGAAACUUCACUUUGGCGAUACCGGAGGACUUUUCCGAGGAACAACCUGAUGUUUCAAACUUGUUCGACUUUUUGGACUUCUUGGACAACGAAACUACCAUCCUGCAAGGUGAAUUGCAUGAAUUUCUUGAAUUUUGGUUCUCUGAAAUCGAGGAAGUGGUUUUGGCCAUAAGUAACGGCACCGAAGAGGUCGUGGGAUUUUUGAAGGAAAAGCUCCUCGACGAUCUGUUGGACGGUAACUCUGAGCUGAAGUGCGCAGCUAGCUAUCUCCAGCUCAUUGAUCCCGCCAUUCUGGACAUGUUCAACGGAUUCUACCAGUGCGUUGAGUUCGAAGAGGAGAUGACGAAAGCAUUCCAGCAGGUUUCCUCCGUUUUGGACUCCACGGAUAAGGUGAUCACGUUUCUAAUGAGGAGUUAUCUAACGUGUGCAAAAGUAGUUGCAGAAUUUGACGAGUUCACACUAGACGAUUGCCUUCUUGGGAUGGACGAGCUGCUGGAGCAAACACAGGAGUUUGUCGAGCAUAAGACGUCCGAGAUCUAUUACCACGUGGAGGAUGCACUGAUCUUCAACGGGGUCAUGAUUGAGGCCUGUUUGGGCAACAAGCUGCGCGAGAGUGUGUUGAGCUUUGGCAAGCAGGUUCAGCAGUACUACAGCUGCAACGGAGUUCAGACGGACGGCCCAGUAAUGCUUCCAAUGUUUUAGUGUAGUGACAUCAUGAAAUUAUUACAUGAAAUAUAUACU